UGGGCCCUUCCCGACCGCGCUCUGAGGGGCCGGAGGGACGCUGGGCCCUUCCCGACCGCGCUCUGAGGGGCCGGAGGGACGCUGGGCCCUUCCCGACCGCGCUCUGAGGGGCCGGAGGGACGCUGGGCCCUUCCCGACCGCGCUCUGAGGGGCCGGGCCGCGCCCUCCCGCGGGCCCGGGACGGAGCGGCCCCGCUUUCGCUUUCGUUUCCUCGCGGCGGCGGGGCCGGGGCGGAGGCCGGAGCGGUGGGAGCGGGCGGCGAGGGCCCGGUGUGGUGAAGCGCGGCAGCCGCCGCCGGGCUCCCGGGAGGCCGCGCCGGUGUGGCGGGGCCCGGGCAGCCGCCCCCGCGGGCAUGGCGGGCCGCACGGUGCGGGUGCAGGGCUUCCCCGCCGAGCUGCCCCCCGACAGGGCGGCCGACAAGCUGACCAUUCACUUCCUGCGCUCCCGCAACGGCGGCGGCGACAUCGCCAACGUCCGGGUGCUGCCCGGCUCCCUGCCCUGCGCCCUCAUCACCUUCGAGGCGCCGGAAGUGGCCCAGAGGAUCCUGAAGGUGAAAAACCACGUGCUGGCAAUUGGAAAGACGCAGUACCCGCUGGAGGUGACGCCCCACGCUUCAGAGCUGAGCCCCAAUGAGAUCUUCAUACAUGUGAGCAUGACAAUUGACUAUGGCAAGCUGCCCACGGGCAAAACCCUCCUGAAGGACUUGCACAAAGACUACCGAAAUGUACACUUCAGCUUCGACUCCAAGAAUAUGCAGUGCAUAGUCCAGGGGCCAUUCACUGAGCUGCAGACCUUCAGCAGAGACCUGCUGGGCAGCCUGAACCUCAAGAGCAAAGCCACUGGCCAGAUCCUCCUGCCAGCUUCCAGCUGCGGGGCCAAAGAGAUGGGAAUGCCUGAUCACCAGCAAGUGCCUGACUCCACUGAGACAGCACAAGAGACAGCAAAGCUGCCAGAUUGUGACCAGGUGCAUGAAAUGGCAGCUAAAGUCCCAUCACCUCAGAGCCCAGUAGGUGAGGAAGCUGUGAAGCUUUUGGGGAAGCUGGAGGACUUUUCCCUCGCAAUGGACUCGGACAUUUACCUGUACAUGCAGAAGUUCUGUGCUGCUGAGUACCAGGGUGUGCUGCACCAACAUCACGUGGAUGUGGUGGAUGUCAGUGGCGACGGCAUUGCUGUGUUGUACCUCCAGCCAUCUGGAGGUGUGUCUGGGGACACGGAUGCCUUGAGACAGGCCCGCCUGGCCCUGCAGCAGCUCUACCAGCAGCUGGAGGAGAGCCUGCGCAAGGAGAAGAUUGCCAAGGAAGGGCUGGGAAUGGACAGCCAGGCACUCAGGGCUCUGACAUGUGAGCUGCAGGAGCUGUAUCCCCAGCUGCUCUGCCAUGAGGAUGUGAAGCAGCUUUAUCUUGUUGGAAACCUUGUCGAUGUGUCCAAGGCCAAGCAGUUCCUAGAGGAUUCCGUCACCAGGAGAGGUGCUGCACGCACAGUUGACACGCUGAGCAGCUCCCAGCCCUCUGGCACCACAGAGGCUGCACUACGCCUGGCCAAAUCUCCUGUGCAUUCUUCAGCCACAAGACUUAGCCCAAGCAAGCCAGAGCAGAAAGGUGAGUUCAGGCUAGCUGCCAACUUUAGCACCCCGAAAGCUGACAGGUCUCAGGCUGGCCAGGACCUCUUGGUGGAUCAGGACUGUCCACCAGUGGGACAGGAGCAGCUUUCUGGGAAACAUCCAUCAGAGACAGAUGCUCCUGGUCAGAGCGACCCAAGGGCACUGACCCAGCAGUGUCAGCCUCCCACCCGUAUGACAGAUAAAGUUGUGGGGUCAGCAGCAGAGCCUCAGCAGAAUGACCCCACAGAAAGGGGCCAUGUAGAAGGAGGUGCCAGACUCACAGGAGAAAAGAUGCUGUUGUCCUUUACAGGCAUAGAAAACAGCACUUUUCAGCAUCCUAAGGACUCUAAAGUCUCAGGUCCCAUUGGGUACCACUCUCUUGCUGGCAUCUACAGCAACUGUGAUGUGACAUGGACCUCUUUUGCUUUAGGCUGCAAGCCCUCUGCAUCCACGCCUAUGCUGCGACGCUCCAACAGCUUCUCCCUGUCGAGGUCAAAGGAAAGCAGCUCUGGAGACAUCAGCAGGGUGAGUGAGGAGAUCAGCCUGGACACUCUGCAGUGGUUUUACCUGAAAGAUGUCUGCCAUGCCACUAUUGAUGAGCUGUGCAGGGCUGGAGGGGUGCACAUCUCGGAGCGCCACGCUGGGGACUGCACAGUGCUGAUGCUGCAGGCAGAAGACAGGAAGGGGCUGCUCCAGGCUAAAUGGAAGGUGGAAGAUCUUGUGCAGAAGUGCCCUGACUUGGUGUGUCAUAGUGUGAGCUACUCAGAGCUUGCUGUCAGUGGUCCUGAUGACAGUGAGCUGAGUGAACUGUGCAGCCUCUUGCGAGGAAAAUCCUUCCAGGUUGGACUCAGCAAAGACAAGUACAAGCUCUAUCUUGCCUGCCCCAAGGAGAUGCUGCCAGGAGUGACUGAGGCCUUCCACAUGUUUUCCUCCAGGAGGCUCUGUGCCUUGAAGUCUGCAUCCCCAUCUCCUGGACCAGAGAGUACAGGGAAAUGGAGCGUCAUUGAGCCAAGCAGAAGCCAGCAGCCAGUGCUGGAUGCAGCCCUUCUUGGCAGCCUGAAUUCCCUACAGCACCUGAACAUCAUCGCUGAAAUAGACUCUCCAUCUAUGCUCAGGGCUUCCUGGUUGCCAGAGGAUGAAGAAAAGAGGUCCCCCAGUCCUUGGAGGUACCAGCAGGCUUGGGGGCAGGAGGAGGCCAGGGGCUAUAUUGAUUCUGGGGCUGGGAGAGGAGGAAGCAUGCUUCUGAGCCUGGGUACAGGGGAUAAGCCAAGCCCUCCUGGCCUGAGGGAGUUCCAGGAACAGCGGAAGACAAAACUGUCUCUGGGGGAGCCUGACAGCACCCGGCUAAAACAAAUCUUGCCAGACAGAUUCCAGUUUGCAAGAGACAAGAGCAGAGGAGGCCACAAUGAAGCAAUGGGACAGCAGCUCUGUCCAGUCCCUGCAGCUGAUGAAGCUCCUCACUCUCUGCCCACCUGGCUACCCAGGGCCGUGCCUGCUGAGCCAGCUGUGGCACCUGCAGCAGAGCCCACAGAUCAGGGAAGGGCCCAGCUCCCAGGGGGCAGGAGCAAUGAGCAGGAGCACCCUGACCUCCCAUCACAGCACAGAAGAGACCCCAGCCUUGGACAGGAAAGCAGCACCAUCCCUCUUGGCCAGUGUGAUGCUUGCCAGGGUUCAGGUGUGACCUGCCAGGGCUCCUGUGGUCACGCCUUGUGCAGGACAUGUUUUGCAGCAGACAGUAUGCAGCCAGCUUGCUGUGAGUCCUCCUUAGGUGUCCCAAGCUGCAAUAAGCUGGGGACACUGAAGAUCUCCUCCCUGUCUCAGAGCCUGCCUGGAUACUAUGGGGACACAACACUUCAGCUUGCUUACAACAUCCCUGAUGGCAUGCAGGGGGUUGGGGAUCCUCACCCAGGAUACCCUUACAAAGGGGGGAAUUUUUGUGCCUUCCUGCCUGGGAACAAGGAAGGUGUGAAGAUAGCAAAGCUGCUGAAACAAGCAUUUCAAUGUGGGCUGACAUUCCAGAUCAAGUCCUCCAAUGGAGAGGAAAGAGUAACAUGGGGCCCUAUCCCCCACAAAACCUCCUGGGAUGGAGGCAAAGCCAGGUAUGGCCCAGCUCAUCCUAAGCUUCUGGCUAUGGUUGUGGGUUUUUUAGCAAUGGGAGUAGGAGAACUGUGGGCUCCAGCUCAAACAAAUCCUGGCAGGGAUGGCUCUUCCACCCUCCCACAGUGGCAGAGUUGGUGCUUCCCUUUUUGCUUCAGCUUGCAGACCAGCCCUGGCAUGGCAGACCAGCCCUGGCACUCUCCAGCUGGAGCAAAUGCCCUUGCCCAUCCCACAUCCAUAAGUGAUGUGGAAACCUGUAAUUCCCCGUGGACAAGAACUGUGGGCCCUGUUCACUUACAGCCUUUCCCCAUGCCCGUGCUGGGUACAAACUGUGCCUGCAGGCAGCAGGACAUCCCAGGAGCAGGACUUCCCCUCUCAGCCCCUCUGAAAGGGUGGGGCAAAAAUAAAGGGCUGCUUCCUGCUGUGGUUUUGACACAGCAGCAGGAUUGACAGUGCUUCCUCUCUGCCCCACAGGAAUGGCUACCCGGACCCCCAGUACCUCCAGGAGGUUGGCACAGUUCUCAAUAAGCUGGGCCUUGUGUGAUUCUCCCACAGCCACAGCCUGUGGCUUCCCUUCACCUUCUUUUCCUGCUGAGAAAACUGCAGCUUAACAGACAGCUCAGGAAAAAGCAGAUGUUUGUUGAAAGAGCUCCUGCUUUCCCCAGAUGUAGCCAGAACUCUGCACAUUAGCAAAGAGCAGCACCUCUGUCCCUGCCCCAUGCAGGCCUCAGCACGAUCAGUGCUUCCCAGAAAGUCCAGCUCCUCUUGGAUGCAUGUCCUGAAAUCACAGAGCUGAUUGCAGCCUGAGCCCUGUUUGGCUUCCAGCAGCACACAAACCUGGGCAGGAGUCUGCACCUCAUCCAGCCCCAGCUUCUGGAAGUCUCCUCCACCUCCUGCCACUACAGAGAGGCUCCAGCUCAGCUGCUGCCAGAGCUGGGGUCGGAGAUGAGCUGUCCUCAGCAGACAGCUCCAUGCUCCAGCCCCUUCCCAGCACCUGCUCUGAGGCCAGCAGGUGACCUGGUGCUCUCUUGAGGAGAACAUUUAAUAGCUUUCAGCACCCACAGCAGCUGCUUCCCAGGGACAGUCUCUAUACUGACAAAUAAACAGGAUUUAUUCUCAUGUUUAGUGGUGGCUGUCCAUGCCUUGUCUUACCCUCAGCCCAGGCACCCACUUCAGUCCCACCUGGCUACUGAAACACCCAGAUAUGAAGUGCAGAGCACAGACAAAGGCAUCACAAACAAAAAUCACCACGGCUGCCCUCCAGAAACAACACUCAAGCCAACAAUUAACAGUUGUCCCUGAGGGCAGAGGCAUCUCCUGCUGGGAGCAUUACGCUUUGACAACUCAAGCUGCUGUGGGUAGAGGGUUCACGACAACAGAAACCUGAGCAGCAUACUGUGGAAGGUUUUGUUAUGCUUUUAAUUAACAUUUGAAACACAUAAGGCAUAUGGUAACAUUUGACAGAGGAGCAGUACACAUUGUAGUCAUGUAAACAGCAGUGGCACAUUUGUCUUCUGUCCAACUUGGUUACACGCACAAAGCGAAAUAUAUUUUUCAAACAAAAGAUUUGCUAUGUGUCUGUAGGAUGAGCAGCACUCAUAUCACAAAUCUGCAAAUCAACACAAUUCAGACAGUACAGACCAGACCAUAUGCUGCAAGAGGCUCACUCAGAGUCUAACACAUUUCACAUCAUGCUCAUGUACUACUUGCCAAUAACACUUUGCCAUCACGAGGGCUCAGCACACCAGAGGCUUCAGGCAGCCUGAGUGGUUUAACACCUAUGAUAGCAGCUGUCAGCAGGCCAGGAUCCUGCACCAGCUGAAGCCUCACACACACAGCGCUUCUUACUUCUCCCUGGCCAAUCAUUCUAGUUUAAUACAGGUGUCUGAAACAAAACCUAGAGCUGAACUCCUUCCCAGAGCACUUGGCAGGUGCCAUACUCCUCUGUCACCUCUGCUCCCUUCUCCUCCUGCAGUCAGCUUGCAACACAAGUGAGCUUCAGAGAGUCAAAAAUGUGGCAACUGCUGCCUGGUGAUAGCAAAGGAGUUGCAUUUUGUGCAAGACCAGCAGCACCAGGCUGGGAGGCCACUACAGCAAUGACAGGAGAGGCACUGGCACCGAGCCCCCUGCAGCAGGCAGGGCUGGGGGUGCCUCCUCCACUCAUCAACUCCUUACACUUCCACUUGGACUCCUCAUGGCACAACCUUUGAGUCAAGACAAUCAGUAAAAUAAACAUUAAAUUGCACUUCUGGAAUGGCACACAUGAUUAAGUACAGGAAUCUCCCAGUUCCUCAGUAGCACAACUUUGCCCUAAACAAGCAACAUUGAAUGGAAUGAUUUUUAUCCUAGGGUUUGGUUUUGGUUUUUUUGCUUUGGUCCUUAGUCUACAAACCGGCUGGUUAACUGCAUUAAGACACUUGAAGUUGUUUUACAUAGGUUCCAUUCUUACUGGCCCAUAAAAAAGAAAAGUAAAAAACCAAAACACAAC